AUGGCUUAUGCCCCCGCGCUCCCCCUGGAGCUCUGGGGCUGCAUUGAGUCACAUCUAUCCAAUGCCGACAUCAAAUCUUUGCGCCUGACAUGCAAGCAACUCAGCAAUAUAGUGUUUCUUCGGUUCAAUCGUGUUUUUUUAUCCGCCAACCCUCUCAACAUAGAGGUCUUCCGCAACAUUGCAUCACACGACAAGUACCGUUAUCAGGUCAACGAGAUUAUCUGGGAUGAGGCGCGCUUGCGUCGGGGUCCACCACGACGAACUCAAUUUGAUGAGGUACAUCCACAUGAAUUGCUCUCGGACGAGGAGAAUGACGAUAAUCCCUACGAAUGGGCUGGGAUAUACGGUAAACACCCUACUCGAUACACAAAGGAGAUGACAGAGCGCCAUGGGUAUGAAGAGGAACAUGCGUGUCCUAAAUGGUUCAGAAACGCUUGUGAGGAAAACCUUUUCGUUAUGCAAUGGCGGGAAGAUCACAAUGUGGACAGGCCUGACCAUAUCGCUCGCAGAGAACAGGUUCUGGCUCAGCCUUGGCUGGGGGAGCGCUGGCAAUAUUAUCAGCAGUUGCUGCGUCAACAGGAGGAUGUUCUUGCCAGUCAGAGUGAUUUGGAAGCGUUCACGUUCGGCAUUAAACAGUUUCCUGCCCUCAAGAGAGUUACCAUCACACCUUCAGCCCACGGUCACCUCAUCAGCCCCCUUUACCAGACCCCUAUGAUUCGGGCUUUCCCGAAAGGUUUCAAUUACCCCAUUCCUCGUGGUUGGCUGUACGCUAGAACCGUGAGGUGGCCCGCUGCAGCAUAUUCGUGGAAUCAAUAUCCAGAGCUUAGAGAUCGGUACCGCGGGUUCCGCACAGCAAUGCGUGUCCUCGCCAAUGAACCCAACUCUGUUUCUGAGCUGGUGAUGACUUCUAACGGUAUCCUCACGGGGAUCAACUGCAGAAUCUUCGACGAGCCCUGCGAAGAGUACGACCAUUUCGCUACCGUGCUUAAGAAGCCGGGCUUCCGCCGUCUGGAUAUUGCCUUGCUUGCCGGUGGUCUCUAUGAUGAAGACCUCGAAGCAUGCUGGCGAUCCCUGCUUGGUGGGCGUCUGCGCCGGGCACUUGGUGAAGCAAAAGACAUGGAAGAGUUCAGGCUGCAUACCCCAUUUGAUGAAUUUCUCAACGAUAACGGCGGAUAUCCUCUGCUCCCAUUACGGGACAUUGUUCCCGUGGAACAAUGGUCGAAACUGCGCCAUUUGAACUCUCCGGCUUUGUUAUCUCACAGGAGGAUUACGCUACCAAAAUCCGUUCGCUCCAUUGAACUUAGUAUGCUGCACUUCCGUUUUGACGAUGAAGACUGGUUUAGCAUGCUGGAAGAAAUCAAGGAAAUGGUAUCGGAGGGCACGCUAUGGGGAGACCGGGAUGCUGGAUCAAGACCCAAAAUUACCAUCGGCAUGGCAGAACACCCACUCGUGGACGUGACCCCUAGUACAUAUGGAUACGGUGUGUGGAUUGAAAAGGAGGUAGAGGAUUUCAUCUACGGUGAAGGGGAAAAUCCCAUUGGGGAGCAUCGUCCCUGGGAAAUCCAACUUGGAGUUGGUGUGCUGAGGAAUACAUUGGACCCCGGUUUUGAACAUCCACACAACCGAUUCUUAACUGUUGAAGUUUAUCGUUGGUAA